ACUGCCCCUCACAUCUCCCCGCCGUUCCCCAUUCUCCCAUGGUUGCCCCUGCUCUUCAUCCCCUUCAUGGUCGAAUCCGGUCGCGGGAGCAUCCGUCGGAGGCGGACGCGGAGGCGCGGGACUCGCAAGCCCAUGCUCUUCCCUGCUCCUUCCUCGAAUCCGGUCGCCGAAGUGACCGAGGAGGUGCUCGAGCUCGGUACGCUCGCCGGGGACGCCAUCCCUCCCUCUCCUCCUGAUGUCGUCGCCGUCGCUGCAAUGAGUCUCUCCACCAUCUCCCGCGUGCUCGCUUGCUCGUCCCAGUACAGAUUAGUCUCCCUCUCCGACCCCGCCGCCUGCUCUUCGCCUCUUCCCCGUCAAUUUGGUUCAUCGGCAGGUGCAUCACCUCACUGUGUGCAAUAUUCAGUCCCCUAGGAUUAUCUGCUCGGGGGCCAUGGCAUGUCCGCCGCCGUCGCUGCUUCAUGGCUGUGAGGUCGCCGGGAUGUGUUUCGUGUGCUGAUACCUGAUGUCUGCUCUGGGGAGCCGGGCUUCGUCUGCCAAUGUGGCCGGCAAGAUUUCUUCAAGGAGAAGAAGGAGGUCCCGAAAGGGGAUGGGAGCAACAAGUCUGAAUCGAAGGGAUAAGGAAAAUUUGUUUAAUCUCGCGGCUGCGCUUGGCUGUGAUCGCCUUGUCCUCACCGGCAUCGCGGCCGCAUGCCACGUGGACUAUGACUCCGCUGCCAGCAGCGAUUGGUCCUUCGCGUGCCUCUACCUCGUCGUGGCCGAGUCCUCCUCUCCCCAAAUCGACAUCCACCCCUUUGUCAAGCCUGGACAUGAGCAGGAUGGUGUACACGAGCUUCACAGACAUGUGGCCGUGGAGGCUCCGGAUGAGGCCGACGCUGAUGACGACUCGAACAGUUCGUAGAGCCGUACCAGCGUUCGGCGGCAAGGGAUAUGUUCGUCAUGGAACGGCGGGAUCUAGGAAGAUGGAGGCCCUGGGGAUGGAGCGGUGAGAGGCAAGGCCUGCCAAGACGACGGCGAACAUUGGUUUACAGAGAUUCUCACCUUGUACCCGAUCUCCCCGCCUCCGCAAGCUUCUCGGCCUCUGUCUUCGGGAUGCAUCCUCUUCUUCCCCUCCUCUCCGAGUAAUGUUUGUGGUUCACUAUAGUAUAUGCAAGUAUGCAGCUGUAUGCACAAAAUUCAGGUUCAGAACUCCUAAAUAAAAUAUUCCAUUGCACGUGAACUCAAGAGAUAAAUAUUAGGAAUUCAAAAAUAGAAAAACUUAAUUUUUGGUUCAAUCAACACACGAAUUCGAAGAGGAACGGGAGGAGGGUGAAGCCAGAGUCAGAUGAGACGACAUGGACCUUGAUAACGAAUCUCGCGACAGCGACGACCGUGUGAACGAUCAUGUUGAUCUUGCAGAUGGUUACCUGAUAACUCACAAGUAUAGGGGAUCGCAACAGUUUUUGAGGGCAGAGUAUUCAACCCAAAUUUAUUGAUUCGACACAAGGGG